CCGGUUAGCGUUAACCGACACUUGUCUUUACUGGACAUUGUAAAAACGGCCUAUUCUAAGACCGUGAUGUAAAUAGUUGAUAAUAGAUAAUGUCAUCACAAUGAUUAAUAGUAAUUUCAAAAAUUAAAAUAUAAAUUGUAGGUAAAUUUAAAUAAAUAUAAAGUUGUCAGUUGUAUUUUUUUUUUAAUGACAAACAUUUAGUUUAUUCAAAAUUAAUUACAACUUCUCACUAACCAAGUAAGAUCUUAAUUCAUGAUCAAAAAUCAUUUAUUUCAUUAUUUGUACCAGUAACUAUAAAUUAGUAUGAAUGACAAUUUAGAAAAUGAAGAAUUGACUGUAUUGAAAUUUGUCCAAGACUUUUUUAAUAGCUAUGACAAAAACCGUCACAUACUCCACACAUUGUUCCCAGAAGAUGGUACAUUUGUUGUGCUUGGCAACCGUAUGGUAGGCCAUUCAUCAAUUCAACAAGCUAUGUUAACAAUGGCUACAACAACUCAUCAACUCUUCAGCAUUGACAUUAAUAGUCUCGACAUGCGAAUGCCAGAAAAAGUAUCAAUGUAUCAAGUAUUAUGUGCAGGUGAUGUCGAGUUUGGAAGUGAUGCACAAAUACACGGAUUUACUGCUACUCUUUUAGUAUAUUUUCAGAGGCCCAACGUUUUGAAUGUUGUAUCGUUUGAUGAACGAUGUCAAUGGCCUAAAUUGUCCUAGUGUUUAAAUUAAUGCAUAUUUAAAAUACCAAAAAAAACAAAAAUGUUUUUUAUUUCUUAAUAUUACAUAUUUACAGUCUAAAUAGCUAUUUUGUUUUAUGAAGAAAAAAAAUGAACGAUUGUAAAUUUGUAAAUGAAAAAAAUGUAGAAUGUAUAGAAUAAUGUACAUAUGUAAGUACUGACAAUUCAACUUAUUCCACUACAUAUAUUAUGAAUUAUAAUUUAUAAUAAUAAAUGUUUGACUUUAUAUAUAACAACAAAA